AUGGGCGGCGAUUCCAAAGGUAAAGGGAAGGGGGGUGCGCGCAAGCCACGGGGCGGGCGCGGAGGCACCCAUCCGUGGAUCAAUUCACAGAUUAUCCAAGCGUCAGAGAACAAAGAUGUCCAUCACUUGAUGAAUGUCAUCAUCCAGCACUUGCCCCAGAUGAAUUUGGUGAAUCUAUCUACAGCAAUUCAUCGGGUCGCGAAGAUCGUAGGCACAGAUCCCUGGCAACAGGGUCAGCUACGGCAGAGCUCGAGCCUGGAGACGUUGUUGAACAGCGUUUGCACUGCGUUAAAUGUUGUCGAAGCCACAGAAGUGCAGCCGCAGUCGGUGAGCAACGUGGUGUGGUCUUUGGCGACGCUGAGAAUCGUGCAUCGACCACUUUUGCAGGUGAUCUCAUUGGUUUGUGUCUCCAACAUGGAACAGUUUAAGAGCUUUGAGUUGUCGACCACCUUGUGGGCCUUGGCCAAGCUGGGCUCCCUCGAGGAUGCUGCACCCGUCGACAAGGCAGUGUUUUAUGCCGCGGCCACGCACAUCCACAACCACGUCAAUGACUUCGGCUUCCGAUGCUUAGCCACUACUGCCUGGGCCUUUGCCACGGCCAAGCAGCGCCACGCACGGCUCUUCCGUAGCAUGGCGGCGGCCAUGCUGCCGGCGGCGGCCGGUGCCAACUGCCAGGAGAUGGCCAAUACGGCCUGGGCAUUUGGAACAGCUGACUUCCAUGACGAUGCGCUGUUUCACGAAUUGGCCGAGCAAGCCAUCAAGCGGCUGGAAGAGUUCAAACCACAGGAGCUCUCGAACAUGCUUUGGGGUUUCGCCACGAAUAGCUUUUUCCACGAGGCCUUUUAUGCGAGGGCCAGUGCAGUGGCAGCUUCCAUGGAUCUUCAGUCGCAGCAUUUGGCCAAUAUCCUUUGGGCCUUUGCUCGUGUGAGGCCCAAGCAUCCGUUGACACAGCAGACGGUCCUGACACUGCUGCCGGUUUGCACGCGGCAGUUGUCGACGUUUAAACCACAGGAAGUCUCCUCUACGCUCCUGGCGACCGCGAAGGCGGUGGGGAACAUGGAUGAGAUGACUCCCAUGGCUCCAACCUUGGAGAAUUUCCGGCAAGAGGUGUUGGAUUUCUUCCACGCUUGCUUGCCCUGGGUGGUGGCGCGGAUGUCCGACUUCUCCGAGCAGUCCUUGGCCAACUCCGUGAGCGCCUACGCCAUGGUGCCUGUGAGAGGCUCUGAAACCUUGGUGGACUGCGCGGGGCAGGAGGUCUUCAAACGCCAGAAGGAUUUAGAUGCCAAUGCCUUGGUUCACUUGCUAAAGGGCUUUUCGCUGGUGCCCACCACGCCGAGCAGCAUGAAGAUCGUCAAGGCUUUGGCAGAGGGAAUCGUUUCCCAGCUUGACAAAGUGCGACCGCAGGAGAUGCAGAACAUGGCCCGACUUCUGAAUCGAGGAGGCAACGCCCAAGCAGAAGUCGAUAAAGAGCAAAUUGCCGUCCAGCUCCGACAGUUAGCCCAGAACGUUGGGCAGAUAAACAUGGAGGCCAUGCCACAGGUGCACCUGGGCGAGGUGGCCUUCCCACAGGUGCCAGUGCCCCACCUGUCCAACGAGGCUCAAGCCUUUCACCGAGAACGGCCAGAGGCUCAAGCCCUCAUGCUGACCGCGGCAAACUUCCCAGCGGUGCAGCCGAACUUAUCCAAUGAGGCUCAAUCCUUCGUGGUGACCGCAGCAAACUUCCCACAGGUACCAUCCAUGGCCGAGGUGGCUGCGCCCAUGGCGAAUCCAACGCUAGACAUGCAGGGCCGACGGCCCGGUCUGGGCCUCCGGAACGGCGCGAUGUCCGGCCAUCACGUGCGACGGCACGAGGCACAGAUGAUGGACAGGGAGAAGAUUCUACAGUCUGGUGCCCAAGGUUUCAUGGCCAACGUGGCCAUGGAUGGCGCCGGGUGCGGAGGGCCGCAGCAAGCAAUGCAGCCUCAACUGCGCCACGAUCAGGCCUCCCGCACGCGGCACGCGGCCCCAGCGCGGCACGGCGCCAGGCGACAGGAGCAUUUGUGCCCCAUCAGCGAGUCCAUGAGCAUGGACAGGGAGAAGAUCAUGCAGCCGGGCGAAGUCUUAGGACCUCCGGUGCUGCGCAAGGAUCCCGUGACGGGGCAGCCAACGGCCCAGCCACAGCUGCCGGACCAGGUCUAUCCGAACAUGAUGCCGAUGACUUCCUUCCCUGGCACUUUGCCAGGCGUCGGCGUCGACCCGGUCGCCUCGAUGAUGAUGCCCGCGGCUGGGACGCUCGCCCCAUCCCUGGAGGUGCCUGGCAGUCAAGUCGGUUUGCCCCAGAUGGAACUGCACAUGGCAGCUGGAAGGCCAGGGCCGUUCUUUGAGAGCUCUCACAAGCUCUUGGUGAAGAACUCCUUCCUGCAUGUCGAGGACAGUGAUGAUGAUUCUGAUGAUGUGGGCUGGGAUGGGACCUCAUCUCAUCGUUCCUCGUCCUUGCCGAGCAGAUUUGCCUGCGACCGGGAGGAAAGGGCCUUCAAACAAUUGCCAGCAUCUGAGAUGUUGGAGCUCUUGCACUCGCUACGAGCGAAAAAGGAAGGUGCUCAGUGGAAGAUCACCGUUCCGUGUGUUUUUAGUGUUCAGUGGGCCGUUCAGCUAGGCCAUGUGCUUCUGCAGCGCUUCUUCGUUCGACAGACGCCCCGGAGCGGAGACGUGGAGCACUGGAGCGGCUUGCGUGCGAAGCACACGGACGUCUCAACUGCCAUAGCGGGCGCUCAACAAAAUCCUGGGGACGUCUCAAUGUCAACGACCAGGGAGCCUCCACAACCUGCGUGGUCCUCAGGCGACCUGCGCCGUUGCACAGCGCGCAGCUGCCUGGGCCCCAACGUCACGUCGAUCCAUCGCUCGGUGCUGCUGCUGGCGACGGGGCCAAGUCGCUUCAGUGUCUUCCACACCGCCGGUUUCUUCCCGCUCUAUGUGAGCACCACUGAUGAGGAUGCAGCAGCUUUGUUCAAUCAAUCAGCUUCGGGCAUUUGGUUUCCUGUGGACCACUUCUGGGAUUUACCUUUUGUGGACUUUGCUGCCGACCUGAUCGUCCUGGAUGUGGCGCCCUUUGUGUCGAACCGGACGAUGCUGUCGGAGGUGCUGACGGAAACUGUGAGGAUGUUGGCGCAGCUGGGAGUCCUGUUCCUGUUGGGCGGAGAGGAGUUCCCCAACCUGGCGCUGGAGCAGCUCAGUGCGGCGAAGCAGCUGGAGCCUGGAGCAAUGCGCCAGUCCUUCGUUCGCAAGCUGGGCUUGGUGCCAGACCUGCCGACAUGUCCCAACUGUGGCAUGACACCGAUGAUGGGGCAGCGGCAUCAGAGGCCCAGCCCUCAAAACCUCUGCCAAGCAUGGGUGCAGCCGGACUACUUGUCCAUCUUCGACCCCGAGGUCCGAGGCAAGUUCGAAGCCAGUUCCGAGAGCUGGGAGCUUCAACGUUUGAGACAUUGGCAUCGUCCUAAUGUGCUGGACUCCCGAGAGGAGGUGAAGAACUGGGUGAAGAAGGUCUCCACAAGCGAUAGGGCAUGGUACAAUGACAACUACGUGUCCUCCGAGCCCAACAAGCGUGAGUGGAGGUUCAGCCAGCUGAUCACUGAAGGAAAGGUGAAACGCCUCUUGGACGCUGGAGCUGGUUCCUGUACCUUGGAAGGCACCCUGCGACGGCAAAGACUGCUUUCGAAGCUGGAUGUUUACUUGGCCUUUGGAGCCUACGACUGUUCGAUGUUGCGGAUCUGUGCGGAGCGCGGUGCCUUGUCCUUCCAGCAGAAUUGGCUCAAGCAGAUGCCCAUCUGUGCCAGCUGCAAGUUCGAUCUCAUCUUUCAGGUGGAAGGAUUGCAUCACAACAAGGAUGUCGAGGCUCAUGGCAUGUUCCUGCAGAACAUGUUGUCCCACUUAGCCUGCGGUGGGCUGCUGUACGUGCAAGAUGGCUUUGGACCCUGGGUCGAGAUGUUCCAUCAAGCCCUGACCUCACAACAUGACUACAAGGUGAAAGUGAAGCAACAGUUGAAGGACGACUUCUAUAUCCAUCGGCUCUGCUGA